AAACCGAAAUUCCCUCGGAAUCUAAUCCCGAGUGCAGGUGUGAAUCGUGUCAGAAGGGGUGAAAAAAAAGCGGCCAUUCAAUGCAGAUGUCCUUCUCCUUUUGAAGUUUCUACGUACCCUCCACUCUCUCUGUCUCUCUCUCUCUCUCUCUCUCGCUGUCUCUCUCUCGCUGUCUGCUCUCCUUCACCGCCAUCGUGGGAUCCCAGAAGAUGCCAACGAAAAGACCCAAGACAUAGACAAGGGAAAGCGGUUUCAGACUCGCAGUUCAUUUACUCCACAAACCCAGAUAGCAAGGCGCGGCCUUUUCCAGUCCCUGCUCCGGUCUGAAAACCGACACUUUUGAGUGAGAACCGGAUCCUUUUGCGGUGUUUUGGAGGGACGGGAAGUGUAAUGGGGCUCGCACGUUUGCUCCUGGUUGGCUUCGUCCUGCUCGCGCUUGGCUCGAGAGCGCUCGUGUGCGGGAAUGCGGAGCUGGAGGCGCUCAUGGAGAUCAAGGCCUCCUUGGACCCGGAGAACAAGGUCCUCACUUCGUGGACCAGCAAUGGCGACCCCUGCGGCGGCUCGUUUGACGGGGUGGCGUGCAACGAGCAUCAGAAAGUGGCGACCAUCUCGCUGCAAGGGAAGCGCCUGUCGGGGAAGGUCCCUCCCGCAGUGGCUCAGCUGAAGUGCUUAUCGGGCUUGUACCUGCACUACAAUUCCUUGACCGGAGAGAUUCCAAGAGAAAUCUCUAGUCUGACCGAGCUGACAGAUCUCUACCUCGACGUGAAUAAUUUAACUGGGAGUAUACCUUCUGAAAUUGGAAGCAUGGCUAGCCUUGAAGUGCUACAGCUAUGUUGUAAUCAGCUCAAUGGUACUAUUCCCCUGCAAAUAAAAUCAUUGAAGAAGCUGAGCGUUCUUGCCUUGCAGCAUAACAAUUUUUCCGGUGAGAUAAUUGGCUUGGCCAAUCUGCAGAGCUUAAAGAGUCUCGACUUGGCCUUUAAUCGGUUUAGCGGUACGUUCCCGGUGGAAAUAGCUAAGAUUCCACAACUGCAGACUCUGGAUGUACAAAACAAUUCUCUUUCUGGAUUUGUCCCUCCUGCUCUGAAGAAUUUGGGGGAGAGAUUUAACUAUCAGAAUAACCCAGGUCUAUGCGGAUCCGGAUUUCAUUCUCUUAGAAAUUGCAACAAUUUCGGUCAGAAUUUGAUCCCAAAGACAGCAGACGUGAAGAAACAUUGCAACCAAAGCCAUUGCUCAGAACCAUCGAAACUCCCACAAGCAGCUCUUGUUGCUGGGAUUGUCUCUGUCACCGUCACAUUGGUUGGCGCAGGACUAAUAACAUUCUAUCGAUAUCGUAGAGGGAAACAAAAGAUUGGUAGUACAGCUGAUGCUUCUGAUGGUAGGCUUAGUACCGACCAGUCAAAAGACUUAUACAGCAGAAGUGCAUCUCCCCUUGUCUGCCUCGAGUAUUCUAGUGGAUGGGAUCCUCUGGAUGAUGGCCGCUGUGGAAAUGGAUUAUCCCUGCAGGCGCCUAGGUACACGUUGGAAGAAGUUGAGUCAGCGACCCAAUACUUUUCGGAGGUUAAUUUGUUGGGAAGAAGCACUUUUUCAUCGGUCUACAAAGGCAUACUAAGGGAUGGGACUCUUGUGGCUAUCAGGAGCAUCAACGUGACGAGCUGCAAAUCAGAGGAAGUCGACUUUGUGAAUGGACUGAAUUUGGUAACUUCGCUAAGACAUGAAAACCUCAUUAGAUUGAGAGGUGUUUGUUGCUCCAAGGGCAGGGGUGAAUGCUUUCUUGCGUAUGAUUUCGCUCCCAAGGGUACCUUAUCGCAAUAUCUUGAUUUAGAAGAUGGAAGCAUCCAGGUUCUUGAUUGGUCCACAAGGGUUUCUAUCAUCAAAGGAAUUGCUGAGGGCAUUGGAUACUUGCACAACGGUGAAGGCAGCAAGCCUGCAGUUGUUCACCAAAACAUUUCCGUUGAGAAGAUUCUCAUUGAUCAGCAGCUCAACCCACUCAUAAUGGAUUCCGGGCUUCCAAAGCUUCUCGCCGAUGAUGUCAUAUACUCAGCUCUCAAGACUAGUGCUGCCAUGGGUUAUAUGGCACCAGAGUACAUUACAACAGGUCGUUUUACCGAGAAAAGUGAUGUUUUCGCAUUUGGAGUAAUCAUCUUCCAGAUCCUCUCGGGUAAGCGACUACUUUCCAGCUCAAUGCGGUCAGCAGCAGAGUGUUGCAGUUUCGAGAACUUUAUCGAUAGCAAUCUGAAAGGAAAUUUCACUGAACCUGAGGCGGCUAUUCUUGGGAAGAUCGCAUUACGUUGCACCAGUGAAUUGCCCGAUAAUAGACCCACUAUUUUCAGAGUGAUUGAGGAACUAAACGAUUGGUCCGUCAAACGUCAAUGAUUGUACAUAGCGAAUUGUCCGAAGUUGCAUCCAUGGAAGCACCAAUUUAACUCAAUGAGCUAUCAAGCUCAGCGGCGACAGUGCAACGAUGUAUGAUGAUCCCUGAAGAAUUAACAGAGUAAUCUUGUCCUAUUGUAUAACAGAUUAGCUUUAGCUCAUUUGUACUUUGUCUGUUCACUUGAAUCAUUAUCAUUUUCGUUUUCCCUUUGCCAUAUAAUGAUAUGAUUUACUUGUAAGUCGUUACUAUU